GUGGGAGAAACGUGUGUCUUUAAGAGCGGCUAAGAGGUGGGGGAGUGUCUCUGCCGUUUCAUCACCGGCGAGAAUAGCUCGCGGGUAGAGCGCAUAGGAGGCACGGGAACCGAAACAGUCCGAGACGCCGGCGCGCUUUGGAGCUAUUGGGGGAUAUUGCGCAACUCUGGAUAAAAAGCCGUGAUUUGGAGACGAUGGCUCUGCUCGGUGUCCGCGCGCUCACCGUCACGGUCCUGUGCGCGUUCCGUUCCACGCUGGCCGCGAACAACUUGCACUGCAACGGCCCGCUGGUCUCCAGCUUGCCUCCUUCAUCUUUCCAGAGCUCCUCUUCCUCCUCAGACAGCCAGUCGCUGCAUCACGCCAAACUCAACCGGAGGGACGGAGGUGGAGGUUGGAUGCCCGAGCGCAAGGAUCAACUGCCCUGGUUACAGGUGGACCUGCGGGAGAGGGUAGAGGUCACCGCCGUGGCAACGCAGGGACGUUUCGGGAGCUCUGACUGGGUGUCCAGCUACACGCUACUGUACAGCGACACAGGAAGUGCCUGGAAACAGUAUAGGCAGGAAGAUCACAUAGGGGUCUUCCCAGGAAACACCAAUGCAGAAGGGGUGACCCAUCACAAGCUGCCGCACUCCGUCAGAACGCGCUACCUACGUUUCCUGCCCCGGGGUUGGAGUUCGAAGGGCUGGAUCGGGCUGAGGGUAGAGGCUUAUGGCUGCUCCUACAAGUCAGACGUGGCCGACUUCGACGGUCGGAGUUCGCUGCUGUACCGCUUCAACCAGAAGUCCAUGAGCACGGUGAAGGACGUGGUGUCCCUGCAAUUCAGGAGCUGGCGUGCCGAUGGCGUGCUGGUCCAUGGAGAGGGACAGCGUGGUGACUACAUCACCCUGGAGCUGCACGGCGGACGCCUGGCGCUGCACCUCAACCUGGACGAUGCUAAAAUGCACCCGAGCGGCGGUCACAUGUCCGUGUCUCUAGGCAGCCUGCUGGACGACCAGCAAUGGCACUCUGUCCAGAUCGAGCGCUUCAACAAGCAGGUCAACUUCACCGUGGACAGACUGACACGUCACGUUCACACCGGAGGCACGGGGGACUCGCUGGAGGUCGAUUACGAACUCAGCUUUGGUGGCAUCCCUCUGCCUGGAAAGCCAGGAACGUUCCUGCGGAAAAACUUCCACGGAUGCCUGGAGAACCUCUACUACAAUGGGGUCAACAUCAUUGACCUGGCCAAGCGCAAGAAACCCCAGAUCUACAGCGUGGGCAACGUGACUUUCUCCUGCUCCGGGUCCUCGGCGGUCUCGGCCACCUUCCUCAGCUCCAGGAGGAGCUUUCUGCAGCUCCCCGCGGAAGGGCCCGGAGGCGUUUUGGGGGCGGAGGGUGCGGAGGGGCCGGAGGGCGCCGGCGAUCCCGCGUGGUCCGUCUCCUUCCAGUUCCGCACGUGGAAUGACGCGGGCAUGCUGUUGUGGAGCGGCCUGCAGGGGGCGCAGACACUGCUGCUCAUACUCGCUGACGCACAGCUGCGGCUCACGCACCACAGAUCGGCCCUGCAGAGCUCCGAGAUCACCGUCGGACGGGGCCUGGACGAUGGUCAGUGGCACUCCGUAUCGGUCAAGCUGAAGGGGCUCCAGGCGUCCGUGGCUGUUGACAAUGAGCCACCGUCCAGCAUCCUGCUCAGUGACUACAGUUGGCCCGGGAGGAGCCUUCUCAUUGGCGGAUGCCCAGCUGCGCUGGCCAAUCAGGGCUGUAGGAACCCCACACUGGCCUAUCAGGGCUGCAUCCGUUCUAUUGUCAUCAACGACUAUUCCGUAGACUUGUACCGCGUGCAGCAAGGCCUUCUGGGUAACUACAGUGAUCUCCAAAUUGACAUCUGUGACAUCCGGGACAGGUGCACGCCGAGCUACUGUGAGCACGGGGCAGUCUGCUCACAGACGUGGAGCACCUUCCACUGCAAAUGUUCCGGGACGGGCUACACAGGAGCCACCUGCCACAACUCUAUCUUUGCACCAUCGUGCGAGGCCCACAGACUGAUGGGGAGCGCCUCCGGCUUCUUCUCCAUCGAUCCGGACGGCAGCGGACCCCUGUCGCCCGCCGUAGUGUACUGCAACAUGACUGAGGAGAAAGUAUGGAUGGUAGUGGAUCAUAACAUCAUGGGGCAGGUGACCGUGAUGGGCUCUUCCCCGCAGAAGCCGCACGUCAUGAAGCUGAACUACAGCGCCACCUUGUCUCAGCUCUCCACGCUGCUCCACCGGGCCGAGCAGUGCCAGCAGGAAGUGGUCUACCGCUGCAGGAAGUCCCGCCUCUUCAACACAUGGGACGGCACCCCUCUGUCGUGGUGGCGGGACCGUGCUGGGGAGCGGAGGACCUACUGGGGCGGCUUCCUGCCCGGCGUGCAACAGUGCUCCUGUAGCCUGGCGGAGAACUGCAUCGACAUGAACUACUUUUGCAACUGCGACGCAGACAGGAGCUCCUGGGAGAAUGACACAGGACUGCUCUCCUAUAAGGAGCACCUGCCGGUUACCGAGAUCACCGUCGGAGACACGAACCGAACGGGAUCGGAAGCCGUUUAUAGAGUGGGUUCUCUGCAGUGCUACGGGGACAGGUUCCUGUGGAACGCCGCGUCCUUCUACCAGGAGUUGUCCUACCUGCACUUCCCAACGCUGCAGGCCGAGCUCAGCGUCGACGUUGCCUUUUACUUCAAGACCACAGCGCCCUCUGGAGUUUUCCUGGAGAAUUUGGGAGCCCGAGAUUUCAUCCGGGUGGAGCUAAGCACGCCGUCAGCGGUCACGUUCACGUUCGAGGUGGGUGGCGGGCCCGCGGUGCUGUCAGUGAAGUCUCACGUGCCGCUGAACGACAAGCAGUGGCACCACGUCCGGGCCGAGCGCAACGUGAAGGAGGCGUCGCUGCAGGUGGACCAGCUGCCCCUGCGCUUCCUGGAGGCCCCGCCCGACGGCCCCGCCCGCCUGCAGCUCAACAGUCAGCUCUUUGUCGGAGGAACGGCCUCUAGGCAAAGGGGCUUCCUGGGCUGCCUAAGGGCAUUAAACAUAAAUGGGAUGACCCUCGACCUUGAGGAACGGGCCAAGAUGACCCCGGGGGUAAGCGCCGGGUGCCCGGGUCACUGCAACGGCCAGGCCCAGCUGUGCCACAACCGCGGGCGCUGCAUCGAGCGGAGCAGUGGAUACGUGUGCGACUGCACGCAUUCGGCGUAUGGAGGGCCACACUGCCAAAAAGAAGUCUCCGUGUCCUUCGAGAGCGGCACGUCGGUGACGUACACCUUCCAGGAGCCGUUCUCGGUGAUGCGCAACAAGAGCAGGCAGUCGUCGGCCAUCUACGCGCAGAGCAGCAAGUCGCGGGAGAUCGUGGCGUUCCGGUUCCUCACCACGAAGGCCCCCGCCAUGCUGAUGACAGUCACCACCUACCACCAGCAGUACAUGACCCUCAUCCUGACGCAUAACGGGAGUCUGCAGAUUUGGUAUAAACUUGACAGGGAGAAGCAGCCGGACGUAUUCACGGCCACGCAGCACAGCCUGGCUAACGGACAGCUCCACAGAAUACAGCUCCACAGAGAGGGCAGGGACAUGUAUGUGCAGGUUGAUAAGGACGUCAACCAGAAAUACAAGCUCUCCACAGACAGGGAGUUAUACAUGAUAAGGUCUUUGACAUUGGGAAGAGUCACAGGCCGAGCAGGUGUGGAUGAGGAGGUACUACAGGCAGGAUCGAGAGGUUUCGUUGGCUGCCUGUCAUCAGUCCAGUUCAAUCACCUGGCCCCGCUGAAGGCCGCCAUACUGAAUCGAGGCAGCUCAUUGGUCAGCGUGCUUGGCAACCUGGUGGAGUCCAACUGCGGAGAGCUGGCCGACAAAUCCUCCUCGCGCUCGCUGUCGGACAGCACGGGUGAGAAGGAGCGGGGGCAGGAGCGCCUGAAGAACGCGGAGCGCAGCGACUCGGCGGUGAUCGGAGCCAUGACCCGGGUCCUGCACCGCUGCCGGCGCGAGCGCACCCCGGCCCCGUCUGCCGCGAGAGAGAAGGACCCGCCCACCCGGCCCGAGCUCCUCUACCGCGCUGACCUCGGCCCGCGCGCCGCCAUCAGGGACAGCAGGAAGGAGUGGGGAUGGAUCUUGGGCAUGGCUGUCAACAUGACCGCCUCAGGCCAGUGUGAGAAGCCGUUUGGAGUGACGACUCUCGAUGCUGCCUAG